AUGAUCGAUGAGAAUUUGCCCAGUAAGGAUAUAUGCCCGUCCCCUGUCCCCUACGUCAUCGUCCCUGCUUCGAGUCUUUGCACUUUCACAACGCGACAGCUUACUGACUCGUGUCCAGCGUUCUUUUUGAAGAACACCUCGCAGUCGCAGCAACAACCUACCAUCUACCAACGCCACCAUGGCAACGACCCCGAGCCCGCGUACUCGCUGCGCUACCUCGACCCCGACGCCCCGACCUCACAGAACCGCUACGGCGUCGCCCUAUACGACCCCUACGUGACGGGCGUGGUGUACGGCGAGGUUGCCGUAAUUCCAGAAUGGACCCAGCCCAGCUUGUCGGCCGACUCGAUUCGUGCCAACGGCGGCGCAGCACCCCCGCCUGAACCUAUCCUCCCCACGCAGUUUACCAUCCAGUUGUAUAAUCCGGACCAGCAGAUCGUUGUGCGGCACAAGCCCAAAACGUGGAAUACUCCAGCACGCUGGGAAUUUGAGAUGCCGCAAAACACCUUUCGCGUUCCAUCGGCCUCGACCCUCGACCGCACCCAGAGCGACCCCGCCGCGGCGGACAUCACGCCCAAGUUGCGGUUCAGCUGGCGCAAGGAUGGCAAGCUCUCAAAGGAUCUGUCGUGUCUCUUGCAUGGAAAGUCUUCUACGAUCCCAGACACACGCACGAAGAGUCGCGAGCCUGAUAUUACCGUCGCCCUAUUCCAGGGCCUGCGCGAGCUCACCCUCUACGAACCCAAUAUGUACCGUGUUGAGAUGGAGGACUUUAAGGGUCUCGAGGUCGCUCUACUGCUUGCAGCCGUUGCUAUUCGAGAUAUCUUCUUUGGUCCAGCCAAAGAGGCCUUCCAUAUCUCUGCGAGCGGACCCUCCCCGACCAGUAGUAAACCACCUGCCAGCGCCGGCGCUACGCCGAUGAACAGCAGACCUGGCAAUAGCCCCCAGCCCCAAAAAGCGCCUGUGGCUUCGGGAGCUGCAUUAAGUAACGGCAACCCAUCGCCGCCCCGCCUCAGUAUUCCAUUUGCCGGGACCCCGGCGCCAGAGGAGCGCCGACGACAAGACGAGCGCGCGAAACGUGAAGAAGAGCGACGGACACAAGAGCUCCUCGCGGCGGAAGAAAAAUCACGGCGCCGCCGCGAAGCCGAGGUCGAACAGGAAACCAAGCGCCUGCAGCAGAUCUACGGCAGAGAAGAGCAGCAAGCGCGCGCGCAGCGUCCCAACCCGGCGUCAUCCCUUCGACCAAAUCUCCCGCCCCGACACAGCGGACCCUCUCGUCCAUACGGCCACCAGCACACCCAGUCUGCCGUCCAUCUCCCGCCUCAAAAACAGCAGUCCCCGCGUCCGCCACACCUCUCUCGCCCGGUCCCCACCUUCGGAAACAGCCCCUACCUCAACCCCUCCGCCGCCGUGGACCCGCGUGCUCAAUCCACCGCGCAGCUUAUGCAGCCUCGUCCGCAGUCUACUGUCGGGUUUUCUCCCCAGCCUACCAGUACCGGUGCCCUCCAGCCGGGAUCUCGGCCCACUGCCCAGGUGCAGCCGAAGAAGAGCAGUUUCUUUGGGUUCCGUCGAAGCAAAGAGGAGAGCAAUGCCACCAAGCUGGAGAAAAAGCGUAGUUCUAUGUUUUGA